UGUUUUUUCGUCGAUGCGAUGCUCGCAGGCAUGCCGUUUAUAGAUAAUCAAUUAUUACCUAUCCGUCUAUCGUUUAACGUUUUACACAAUAAUUAUAUAAGAAAUACGUGUAGGUAUAAUAAUAAUAAUUACAUACCGUAUCAUCGUAUUAGUCGCCGCAAUCAGACACCGUCACGUUGACGAUAGUGUUUUAUCGUUCAGAACGGUAAAAGGUUAGGAAUGAAGUAACCUAACCUGUCGUAAUCAUACUUUUUGUUUUUUGGCAUUUUCCCGCCAUUAUUGUCAUUGAUCGCCACUACGAUAACCGAUGAUAACGUUUGUGUUUAUUAUGUUUUUGUAAUUGACAACUAUAUAGUUAAUGUUAAAUCGCGGUUUUAAAAUCGAGAUUGGCGAUUUUAGAAAUCUGAAAUCGUUCAACGAACAGCAUCUUUAUAAGGUUAUAAAGUUUUAUAAUAUUGUUUUUAAUUAAAUAUUUUACAACGUAAUACUUAAUAAUUAAAAUACCUAGUAAUAAUAUCAACACUGUUAUGGUGAAUAGUAAUAUAAUGUAUUUGUAGUCGUCGACAUUUAGAUCUGUGAAAUAGUCUGAAAAUUAGAUAAAAACAGAAUGAAUCAUUUUGGACACGAAAACCCUGGUCAGAGCUUAUUCCAAGGUUCUGAUCUGGCUAGUAUUCAGGUGAACAAUGAUUUUCAAGACGAUAAUGAAGACCAUUUGGACAGACAGCGGCUAGAUCAGGAAGUACAUAUUGUAUAGAUUUUGUUAAAAUUUAGUUUGCCAAGGAAUAUUUAUAUGUUUACAUUGUUAUGAUAAUUUAUACUUUUAUUGUUUGUGUAUUUUCAAAAUAUGAUCGUAUUAUAUUAUUAUAAUAUAUAAGAUAUUCGAUUAGAUUAUACAUGGAACUAUGAUUUUGUCAACUUUUGAUUUAUAUUGAUACAGAUUAAUUAAUUUUAAAAAUAUUUUUUAACUUAAAUAGGUACAAGAGUAAUUUAAUUAUAUAACUGAUUAAUUAUUUUAAAUGUUGUAUUUUUUUAAAUCACCAAACAUUUAUUUUAUAAUAGAAUAAUAAUAACUCAUUAUUAAUAUUAUUUCAGCUCAAAUUGGAAUUGGAUCAUGUAUUUAAUGAAAGUGAAACUAAUUUCAGUGUUCUCACUGACAGCCACAGCAGUGACACUUCUGAAGAUGGUAAAAUAAAUAUUGUUAAAAUCAUAUAUUAUUACCUAUAAAGGCUCAGUUGCAUUAACAUAUUCUAAAUAUUACAUAUAGAGUGUCAACUAAUUACCAAGUCUAAGAAAACAUAAUAAUCUGUCAAAUUUACAUGUAUACCUACUUUCAAUUCAAAUUAUUUAGUUAACAAACAGUUUUAUUAAAUUUGGUGUUUUUUUUUUAAAUUAAAAUUUAUUCAUUUUUCACAUGGGUCUGUAAACAUAUAAAAAAAAAUUUCAUGCAGCAAGUUAAUAGAUAAGCAAAUUAAUGUUAAUAGUACUUAAAUGAAGUAAUUUUUUAAAAAUAAUUGUGUGAUUAAGAAUUAUGAAAACUUAGAAAUACAACUAAAUAUUUAUACUGAUUUUACUUACUAUCUCUAUAAAGUACCUAACUAUUGCUCUAUAUUUAUUAUUUUAAUAUUAAUUACAAUAAAUUAUCGGUUAAUGUUUGUAUACAUAUUGUAACUUGGCAACUAUAAUAUGUAAACACUGAGUUAACACUUCAUUGCGUGUAUAUAUAAUGCGGGUACAGUAAUAUAGGUACAUAAUAUUCUAUUAUGUUAUUUAAUAUAUUUUUUUUUAGAGCUUCAAAGUAAUAGAAGCCAUUCUACUAGAUCUACUCAUAACAAAUCAAAAAGGAAAAGAGCGCAAAUACAUCCUAAUAUAGCCUAUGAAAACAUACAUUGUGUCAAUAAAAACUUUCAGCCAGAUUUUCAUAAAGACGGUAAAAAAAAAAUAAAAACAAAGUUUAUAUUCUGCCAAAUACUAUUCCAUGAUUGUAUGUAAUUUAGGGUCAUAUCCUUCCCCGAUACUACAAUACAGUGUACAACCUAAAGGCGAUAAACACAUUACUUCUAAUGAUACAGCACAAACUAUCAGCAAAAAAUAUGUCUAUGAAGGUAAAUAAUAAAAAACUAUUACAAAAUGUCUGUAAUAUAAUUAGACAAAUUAAAUCUUUUGAUGUGUUUUGUUAUCAUUUCUGGACUGGAAUAAAAAUUCUUACUGGGAAAAUUUAUCUGAUCGAUUUAUAAACUAUAUAUAUAAAUACAUGUGGGAUACACAUAAUGAACUUAUCACGAAACAGUGAUUUUCUCAAAGGAUUUGAAGUGAAUUUCAUAUAAAAAUCGUUUGAGCUUUAUUUUAACAAUAUUUUCAAUUUUGUAAACCUGAAAUAAAUAACCACUUUGGAUUUUCAAAUAGUAACUUACUCUUUUAAACACAGAUUCACAAAGAGGAUACUUUUCAUAUAUUUUGAUAGGCAUGAUACUAAUAUCGGAUUUACUAUUUAUGAAUUACAAAAAUUUAAAACUUAGAUUAAAGCAGUAAGGAAAAGGUUAUAAAUGUAUCUUGUAAAAAAUAUUUAAAAAUGGCUAGUAAAAAAACAGUAAAUCAGUGUUAUGCAUAUUAAAAUGUUAAGAAAAAUAUCCUCUAUUUGAAUUUGUAUUAAAAAGUGAAUAAUUAUAAUAUUAAUUUAAUAAUUAUUGGUUGCUAUUUAAAAAUCCAAAUUAUAAAUAAUUUAUGUGAAUAAUCAAAUUAUUAACAAGUAUAAAGUAUAGUUUAAUAUCUUCUUUAGAUUGCAUAUACAUUUUAUAUGGUUAUUGAACUUGUAUAAUAUUAACUAUUUUAGUAUAAAACAAUAAAAAAAAAAUUAUUUUAUAUCACACUAUUUAUAAUAAGAUUAAUUUUAUUAUUGUUUGCAGUAUCUUAUAUAAAAGUAAUCCAAAUAGUAAAUACUAACUACCUUAAUUAUUUCUGAAUACAAAUAUUUAAAGGAAAUGUUAAUCAAGUGUAAAUCAAAAUAACCAAAAUGUGCACCUAAAAUUAACACUGAAAAUGUUAUUAGAAUGCAAUUAUAAUAUUUUUAAAAAAAAGUCAAAGAAAAGUUCAUUCUACGAGCAUACUUGGAUUUUAAUUUGUUUAAAUGUUUGAGAAUAAUUAAUUAAUUAAAUUAUUUUAAUAUUAGAUUUAUGUUAUUUAUAGUUAUUAUCAUAGUCUUAGAGCGAACAGACUACAUAGGCAAAUAAGGAUUUUUUAAACUAUGUAAAAGAAAUCUUAAAAACCAUAAUUUGUAUUCCACCCAUUCCAUAUUAGAAAUUAAAAGAAUUAAUAAUAAUAUAUUGUUUAUCUAAAAAAAAUAAAAUUUACCAAAGUUUAUUUACAUUAUCAUUGCUAAACAAGAUUUUAUAUAUUUCGUUACAUGCAUACUGCUUAUUAACUUUUUAAUGUUAAUACGUUUCAGGAAUUUCAAAUGAAGUCAAUUUUGAAACGUUACAAGCUUUGUAUGAAAUAAAGCGAAGUGAAAUAAAUAGAUUAGAAAAAGAACUAACUGAAUUCAAGAUGCACGCAGGUGUGGAAAUUGAUAAUCUAAAUAAAAAUUUGUUAAUUAGUGAAUCUGAAGGACAAAGAAAAGUUACAGAAUACCAACGGCAAUGUGGUAAGUUAAAUUUUUUUUUUAAAGACGAUUUUGAAAGUUAAAUAUUUUUAAGGGAAACAUUACAAGUUAUUUUCUUGGAUUAUAUUUUAUUAAACAUUUAAAUUUGUAAAAAGAUGCUUUCUUAACUUUAUUUUUAUACACAAUUUAAACUUUAUUAUUAAAUAAAAAAAAAAUCUUCAAAUACUGAUUAAUUUCAGAUAAGUAGUUUAUUUUCAAAACCUCAAUUAAAUUUGUUUAGCUAUUGCAGUACUUAAGCAAUUAUUUUAGUAUUUUUAAUUUUUAAUUACAAUAUACAAAUAUUUAUUUAUAUUUAUCUAUAUUUUAGAGAACCUUAAAGAACAAAAUAAACAUUUGGAAGAAGAAAAUUUAGCUUGGAAACAAAAAGUAGAAACGGCAGAAAAAUCAAAUGUCAAGGUUGGUUAUUAUUUGAAAUAUAUUUAUAAUUUGAAUUUUCAUAGCUUUCAAAAAAUUAAUUUUUGAAUUUUGAUUGUAGUUAACUAAAGAACUUGAAAAAAUUCGGAUCAAUAUGGUAAAUCUUGAAGAACAACUUACUAAUCUUUCACGCAGUAAUGGUUCUAAGCAGUAUGAUACAAAUGUGGAUUUUAUAGUAAAUGAUUUAAAAAAAAAACAUAGUCAAGAAGUAGCCAACAUUCAGGAUCAGUACAAAAAUGUUUUAGAACAAAUGAAAUCUAAAGUAUUAUACAUAUUUUUGCUGUUGCUUAUUUAAUAUGUUUAUUUUUGUUUAUUUAAAUUUAUUAUAGGAUCGUCACUGUACACUAUUGACAAAUGAACUAAAAAAACUUCAACAAGAACACCAUCGUAUUAUAAUUGAAAAUAAUAAUUUGAUUAGCAAUUUAACAAAAGAAUUAAAUGCUACACAGAAAGAUAAAUCAUCAAAUUCCAAUAAUUUUGGCGAAAUUAUUAGCCUGAGCAGUCAACUUAUGGAAUGUUCCAAACAAAAUCAAGAGCUAAAUAGUACAUUACAACAUCUAACAGUGAGUGAAAAUAAAUUUAAUGUAAUUAUUAAUUUAGCAGAUUUUUGUUUUAGGCUGAAAAUGAUAAAUUGCGUUCUAAUCUAAGUGCUUCACAUGGCAAUAUUGACAAAUAUAAUACAAAUGAUGUUACCAAACUAGAAGAAGAUUAUCAUAAAAGUUUAGAACUGUUACAAAAACAUAAGGAUGAAGUAAAAAAAUUAACAGAAAUAUUAAACAACAAAGAAAGAAGUAUUGCUGAAAUGGGAAAAAAAGAAGUAACAUACAAACAGUGUAUGCUUAAAAUACAGGUAUAUCUAAAAAUGAUACAUAUAUAUAUAUAUAAUUUAUUUAUUUAUUUUUAACAUAAUUAAGUUUUUUAAAUUGUAUUUCAUUAAUUUUAGCAAGAGUUAGAGAAAUAUCCUCGUGACAAAAGUCAUAGCAGUGAACAUUCGAAUCAUGAUUGUGAAACAUUAAGAAAUGUUUUAGAAAUGCAACUGGAAGAUACCAUGUGCAAACUUAUACGAACAGAAGAAGACAUGACUCUUCUUUCAAAACAAAUGAAUGGGCUAGAUAAGCCGUCAAACACUAGUUCAAUUGCAGAAUAUAUGCAUUAUCAUAAAGUGUCAUUGGAAAAUGUUGUUAAACAAAAGGAUGAUGAUAUAGAAAAACUUAAGUAUGCAUUUAAACAAAGUUCAUACAUUUUUUAUCAAUGUUUUUUAUAUUAUUUUACUUGUCAAAAUAUUCAUUUUGAUUAAAUUACUGUAAUAGUAUUCACUAUUAAAAAAUAUAUAGAAUAAAUUAAUAUUGUUAUUUAAUUUUGAAAAAAAAAUUCCCUCUAAAUUAUGUAUUUUAAUUUGUAAAUUUAUAUUAACUAGAAAUCGAAUGGAUGAAUAUGUAAAAGAAAUUGAUGAACUUAAACAACUUUAUGUUAAAGUAUGUUCAGAAAAAGAGCACAGUUUGAACGAAAACGAAAAAUUAGAAAAACGUUUUGAUGAACUAUCUGCUCAAUUUGAAACAGUCAAUAAGCAAUUUACCACUGUAUUGAAAGGUGAGAUGAAUUUAUUAUUUUUCUUGUUUAUGAUUAACUUAGUAGUUAAGCAUUUUUAAUUUUAUAGAAAAAGAAGAAUUAGCAAUCAAUAUAAUCACUAUGAAAAAAGAAAUAAGUGAAAAACAAGAUCCUUUGCAAAAACAAUUGGUAAGCUUUUUAUAUUAUUUAUAUUAUUAUUAAUAUUAUAUUAUAAAUAAAAAUACUUACAAAGAGGAAACUAAGAAUUUGUGUCUCUUUAUUUCCAUUUUAGUUUUUACAACUGUUAUAGUAUUAAAUAAAAAUAAAUUAGUUUUACUAUUAAUCAUAUUAUAUUAGAUAGCCUAUACAAUAGUAAUUUAGUUUUAUGUGUGUUAUAAGUUCAAAUUCUGAUAAUAAUCUUAAAAAAAAAAAUGUUAUUUUGUAUACUUAUUCAAAUUUAUGUAUGUAUAAAAGUUGUAUGCUCGUGUUGAAAAUUGGAUAAUGCCAACUUUUUUAUUAGAUUGUAUAAUGAUGUUAGUUUUAAUAUAAGUGUGAAUUGGCCUAUUAUAAAACUUAGGUAAGAGCAUUGUUUGUUUUUAUUUUUAGAUAUUUAAAUUUUAAAGCAAGGUAUGAGUAUGUAAAAUCUUUAAAAUCGCUUUAUCUUGCUUAGAUUUUAAAAUAUUCAGAAAAAAUGAAUGUACAAACAUAAAGACAGACUAGUUCACUUUCUUAUAAAAACCUAUAAGAAACUCGGUUCUAGUGAACAAAAAGUUGACAUCUAAUUUUAAACAUUAGUUGUAACGUGUUAAACUUUUUUGGCUUUUAAGAAUGUUAAACAAUUUGAGAGAAAUGAAAAAUUAUAAUUUUUUUUUUAGUUACAAAUUAAUUCAAUUUUUGAAAAUUGAGUUUAUCAAAACAUGUUUGAUGAAACUUUGUUCUCAGUUAUUUUUUGUCAGCAAUGGUUCAUAUUUGAAUUUACACUAACAUAAUGUAAAACACUCAUUAUCUCAGAAAGUAUUAACUUUAUUUUUAGAAUUUGUUUUUUUAAAAUAUUAAGGAAAAAGUAGUUUUUAAAUGUUACAUUAUAGUUUUUUUUUUUUUUUGGAAUUUUAAGUGGUGAAAUUACUAUCUAUUUUUGUUUUUCAAACAGUAAUUUAUGCUAGACAGAUUUAUGCUUGUGGAGUGUUAGUUUAAAUUAAUUUUAGUGUUAAAAUGUUUAAUUUUCAUCUAUUUGUUGACAAGAUAUUUCAUUUUAAAGUUUUGGUGGGUAGAGUGGUGAAACAUUAUUAAAAUGCUACUUUGUGGUCACAUAAAUGAUGCAUUACUACGCUCCCUCCACCAAAACAUCAAAGUGGAAUAUCUCAUCAUCAGAUUGAUGGAAAUUAAAUAUUUCAACAUCUAAAUUGAUAUAGGUUGCCAUUUGAAAACUAAAAGUUGGUGACAGUUUCACACUUUAAAAUAAGGGUAACAAAAAAAUUUGUAAUGUUUUAGAGCUGCUUAUUUUUUAAAUCUUCUAUAAAAUAAAUUCUGAAAAUAGUGAAUACUUUCUAAAAUAAUGAAUGUUUUAUGUUAUUUUGAUUACCUGUAAAUAUAUACAAAAUAGUAUUUUAUAUGUCAUGCCUUCCUAACUUCUUCCUUAAAAUAGCUCAUUGUAUGAAGUAUGGUCAUAUUUUUAAAAAUACAAUUAGAUUUGGGGAAAUAUAAUUAUUUCAUAACUUAAAAUGUAUUACUUACAUUUAUACAUAUUUACAUAUAUUUACGUACAUUUAUUAUUAAAUAAUUAAAUAUGUUUUAAUUUUCAAAGUUAGAAAAAGAAAUUGAGAAUUUAAAAAACGAAUUGAUGGCCCAUAAACGUCAGAAAGAAAUGAUCGGGGAACUAAAAAUUGAAUUAAUGCAAUCAAAAGAAAGAGUUUUAUCUUUGGAACAGCGAUUACAAUCUGAGUGUAAUUCUAAGGUUGCUACUUAUUUGAACCAAUUAGAAAAAUUAAAAAAACAGUAUGAUGAAAAGGUAAAAGUAAAAAGUAAAACAAUUUAUGUUUUAACUUUUUUUUUUUUUGUAUGGCUAUGGUUUUUUUUAUUCAAUUUGUUUAGGUAAAUGAAUUAAAACAAGCAAAAGAUACAAUUUCCAAUUUGACUAAUUCAGAUUUACAAAUGUCUACAAAAGUAAUUAACGAGGAGAAAAUAUUAAGGGCAAAAUUAGAAGAUUAUGAGAAUUCAUUGGCCAAUAUAGAAAGGAAACAUAAACUUGCUAUGAACGAAAUAACCUAUAAAUAUAAAAAUGAAUUGCAUGAGUUGGAAAUGCUUUAUAAUAAAAAAUUCAGUAUGCACAUUAUUUUAAUAUGUAUUUAAUAUUCGUAUAUAAAAGGUAUACAAUUUAAAAGUUUAAUUUCUAUGGUUCAGAUGAAGAAAAAGUUAUGUGUGCCAAAAUGAUUGAAGAUCUCAAGAGUAAACAUAAAAUAGAAAUAGAUACAUUAAACACUGUGGCUAAACAGAAUGCAACAGACUAUGCUAGCCAGGAGUUAAUAGAAAUUGUCGCGAAACACGAACAACAAUUUGAAAAAGCUAAAGAGAUUGUUACAUUAAAAAAUAAUACAGUAAAUAAUUAAUAUUAUUUUAUUUUCAUUAGAUUUUGUUUUCAACUCUUUUUAAAUACAAAAAACUAUGGUAUUCAAUAUAGAUUAAAGAACUUGAAACGAAAUUGGAAAAUGCCAAAAUGGAAAUUUCAAUGAAAAAUAGUCAAUUUGAGCAACUUAAAGAAAUGCGCUCAAGUAUGUCCGACAUAGACAAACUUAAAGAACAGAUUGAAGAAGAAAGAAAUAAAUUUGCACAAAUAAUGACUAAUUGGGCCCAAGAAGUAAGUUACAAUGAAUACAAAUGUAUUAUGUUAUGAAAAUAUUACCUUUAAGUAAAUUAGAUUUAUAUUUUUUAACUUAUUUACUUCGGAAUAUUGAGUUGAAGUCUUGUGUGUUUUGAUUAGAUGCGUCAAAUGAAAGAUAAAUUAUCUACAACAGAGGCAGAGUGGGAAAAGUUACGAAUCAAGUAUACAAAAGUAAAACAUGCUGCAAUAAGUUAUAAACAUGCCAACCAGAAACAGGAGUUCAUUUAUAAUGAACUUUUGGUGAAUUGUGUUGGUUUCCUAGAUGAACUUAAAACUAAAACUGAUAAUCUGUUAACGCACAAAGAAAACGAAAUACAAUUAGCACUUAAGGAAUUUGAAAACGAUUGCAAACAAAGACGCAUAGCAAUGAGUAAUGAUAAAAAAUUAAGUAGUUUUAAUAUUAGUUGAUCCUAAUAGUUUAUUAGGUUUUUUAGUUUUUUACUUGCCAAUGUAAUUUUUUUCUCAAACUUAUGUUGUUAAUUUUUAUAUUUUCCAUCAAAC